GAAAUCUUCUACAGGGAAGAAUGAAUUUAAGGACUUCUCACUGAAGUGGACAUUUAGUCACUUUGACAGAGCAGGGCAAACCAAGUUGGCAGACAAGUUACCUGGAGAAAAAGAGAGGAAGCAUCCACUGAGGAUAAAAGGCUCCUCAUGGAGAGGACCCCAGGACCUCUUCUCGGCAGCCAUAGAGCUUCCUCUCUCCAUUGCCACAUGUUCCCUGGACUUGAAAUGACAUCUAACAAGAGUCAUGUGGCACAACCUACAAAAAUGCAUUGCCAGUCCAAAGCUCUGAGGAGGGAAACACAAUGAAAUCUUGUUAUAAGUGGAAAUUAUUGCAAGUUGAGUGUAUGUGAAGGACUUCUCAAAUUAAAGAUGGAUGCAGAAGCUGAAGAUAAAAUGCUGCAUACCCGCUCUAAAGGAACGAAGGUGCCAAUAGAUUCUCUAAUUCAGGAGCUCAGGGUAUCACCUCCAAAGGUAGCAUCUCAGCUAUGCCUUCCAGAAGCCAUUGUAUCACUCCAUCAGGCCAGCAAUUUCUGCGAUGUGUGCACUGCAUAUGAUUGCUCCAUGGCAAAGAAGAGGAAAGCUGCAGAGCAGGCUUUGGGCGUCCCAGUCAACAAGAGAAAAUCCCUGCUAAUGAAGCCCCGACACUACAGCCCAAACCUGGACUGCAGAGAAGAAUGUGAUGACAGGACUGAGGUGGAAGAGGAAGAUGGCCUCCCAGAAGCCAGCGAUCGCACUGCCACAGAAGAAAUCGUGAGAAAACCUAUGGAUGAGAACCUUCAUUCGACUGCACAAGAAAACUCCGAUGGGAAGGAAGACAGAUAUGGCUGCUAUCAAGAGCUCGUGGUCAAAUCUUUAGUGCACUUGGGAAAAUUUGAAAAAAAUGUUUCUGUUCAGACCAUAAGUGAGAAUUUAAAUGACAGUGGCAUCCAGUCUCUAAAAGCAGAGAGUGAUGAAGCUGAUGAGUGCUUUAUGAUUCAUUCUGAUGAUGGAAAAGAAAAAAUCGAUGAUUCCCAGCUUCAGUUCUGCUCCUCAGAUGACAGUGAAAGUAACUCUGGAAGUGUGGAGAAUGGUUGGGACAGUAGCUCCAACUUCUCAGAAGAAACCAAACCACACAGGGUCCCAAAGUAUAUUUUAGUGGAUAAUAGAAAAGACCUAUUGGAAGUUCCUGAAAUAAAAACUGAAGGUGACAAGUUUAUCUCUUGUGAAAACAUGUGUGAUUCUGAAACAGAAAGGAGAGACCCACAGACUGCUCACAUGGAACCAGGGGACAGCAAAGCCCAGCCCUCAUUUGCUGGGAUGGAGGACGAAGAUAAUGCGUGUCUGGAAGGCAUGACAGAAGAGUCUGUUGACCGGGAGAAGGCGAAGGGGAACUUGAGUUUGCUGGAGCAGGCAAUUGCUCUCCAGGCUGAGCGAGGUUGUGUUUUCCACAACACCUACAAAGAGUUGGACAGGUUUCUACUGGAGCACCUUGCUGGGGAAAGGAGGCAAACCAAAGUUAUUGACAUGGGUGGAAGACAAAUCUUUAACAAUAAACAUUCACCGAGGCCCGAAAAGAGGGAGACCAAGUGCCCUAUCCCCGGGUGCGAUGGCACAGGACAUGUGACGGGACUCUAUCCCCACCACCGCAGCCUUUCGGGGUGCCCCCACAAAGUGCGGGUUCCCCUGGAAAUUCUUGCCAUGCAUGAAAACGUGCUCAAGUGUCCCACCCCGGGAUGCACAGGAAGAGGGCACGUGAACAGCAACCGCAACACCCACAGGAGUCUUUCUGGUUGUCCAAUUGCUGCAGCUGAAAAAUUGGCAAUGUCCCAGGACAAAAAUCAGCUUGAGUCUCCCAAAACUGGGCAGUGUCCUGACCAGGUUCACAGGACAAGCUUGGUGAAACAAAUUGAAUUCAAUUUCCGAUCACAAGCCAUCACCUCUCCCAGAGCCACGGUGUCAAAAGAACAAGAGAAGUUUGGAAAAGUACCAUUCGAUUAUGCCAGUUUCGAUGCCCAGGUUUUUGGUAAACGCCCCCUCAUACAAACAAGUCAAGGACGAAAAACACCACCAUUUCCUGAAUCAAAGCAUUUUUCAAAUCCAGGGAAAUUUCCUAAUCGACUGCCUAGUGCAGGCGCCCACACACAGAGCCCUUGCCGUGCCAGCUCUUAUAGCUACGGUCAAUGUAGUGAAGACACCCACAUAGCAGCAGCUGCUGCCAUCCUGAACCUUUCCACCCGCUGCAGGGAAGCUGCAGAUAUCCUCUCCAACAAACCACAGAGUCUGCAUGCCAAGGGAGCCGAGAUAGAAGUGGAUGAAAAUGGCACAUUGGACUUAAGCCUGAAAAAAAAUCGAAUCCUGGACAAAGCUGCACCCCUAACUUCCUCUAACACUUCUAUUCCAACUCCUUCCUCUUCCCCAUUCAAAACAAGCAGCAUUUUGGUCAAUGCAGCAUUCUAUCAGGCUCUCUGUGAUCAAGAGGGCUGGGAUACUCCUAUCAACUAUAGCAAAACUCAUGGGAAGACAGAGGAGGAGAAAGAGAAAGACCCAGUGAGCUCUCUAGAAAAUUUAGAGGAAAAAAAGUUUCCUGGAGAGGCCUCCAUCCCAAGCCCUAAACCCAAGCUCCAUGCAAGAGAUCUCAAAAAAGAACUAAUCACCUGCCCAACGCCAGGAUGUGAUGGAAGUGGCCACGUCACAGGAAACUAUGCUUCCCAUCGCAGUGUUUCUGGAUGUCCUUUAGCAGAUAAGACUCUUAAAUCCCUCAUGGCUGCUAACUCUCAGGAGCUUAAGUGUCCAACCCCGGGGUGUGAUGGUUCAGGGCACGUGACUGGAAACUAUGCCUCCCACAGAAGUUUGUCCGGCUGCCCUCGUGCCAGGAAAGGUAGUGUCAAGAUGACUCCUACAAAGGAAGAAAAAGAAGACCCUGAACUCAAAUGCCCUGUGAUAGGGUGUGAUGGCCAAGGUCACAUAUCAGGUAAAUACACAUCCCACCGCACAGCUUCUGGCUGUCCCCUGGCUGCCAAGAGACAGAAGGAGAAUCCUCUCAAUGGGGCCCCCCUCUCCUGGAAACUGAACAAACAAGAGCUACCACACUGUCCCUUGCCAGGCUGCAAUGGGCUGGGCCAUGUAAAUAAUGUUUUUGUCACCCACAGAAGCUUAUCUGGAUGUCCUCUAAAUGCACAAGCCAUCAAAAAGGGCAAGGUCUCAGAAGAACUAAUGACCAUCAAGCUCAAAGCAACUGGCGGUUUAGAGAGUGAUGAAGAAAUUAGGCAUUUGGAUGAAGAAAUAAAGGAACUAAAUGAAUCCAACCUUAAAAUUGAAGCAGAUAUGAUGAAACUUCAGACGCAGAUCACAUCUAUGGAGAGCAACCUAAAGACAAUAGAGGAGGAGAACAGGCUCAUAGAGCAGAACAAUGAGAGCCUGCUGAAGGAGCUGGCAGGCCUGAGCCAAGCCCUCAUCUCCAGCCUUGCCGACAUUCAGCUCCCACAGAUGGGGCCUAUCAGUGAGCAGAAUUUUGAAGCAUAUGUAAAUACACUCACAGACAUGUACAGCAAUCUGGAACGGGACUAUUCCCCGGAAUGCAAAGCUCUGCUGGAAAGUAUCAAACAGGCAGUGAAGGGCAUCCAUGUGUAGGACCACAGCGCUGCUGGGCAACAGAAAUUACAAACAGCAGUUAACACAGACGGAUCUGAAGGGGCUCCUGUGCUGCUGAGGCACGUAGGUUGCCGUACUGCAUUUACAAUUGCAACAUUGCACUAAUUUUUUCCCCCAGCUGACAUAAAAAGGAAAGAAAAACUAUGAUAGACUCUUUGGAUUAAAAGCAAUGCAGUCAAAUAUUAAAUCUUAUUUAUUUUCAUAUGUUUUAAUUUUAUUUCUUCAUUGCACUCUUUUGGGUUUUUUUUUGUAAAGUAUAUGUAAAAUAAAUGUGACAUUUUUAUAUUUUAUUUAUUUCUAAUCAAAGAGUUUUUUAUCUUUUAACUGCAUUUUGAAGUCUGCCAUAUUUUUACAAGUGUGUUUAUUAAUUUAUUUUCCAAUAGAAUUUAAAUAGAAAUGCUAUUCUCAAAUCACAUACCUUGCUGGGUUUAAAUGAGAAAACAAAACAGGAAGAAGGAAAUCCUUGUCUAAGGACUGCACUAUGGUCCAGUUUGAUUUUUAUUGCACAUUUCUUUUCCUCCCUUUCACUGGCUUUUGUAUUUACAAAUGGGGUUGCCGUGAGGUGCGGGGAAGAAAUAAGAAGAUAAAUGGCGCCCACUAGUGGGAAAUGCGCACUCACAGAAGCACAGUGUACUGGAAAACAGCCUGUUCAGAAUUUGUUAGCAAUAAUUAAAUAGAGCAAUCAGCAAAGUAUUCGACUUGGCUGUACGGUUUUAGUUAAUAUGAAUUAUUUAUUUGACAUGUUUUAAAGAAACAUAAGCUUUUUUAGUGAUGCAGAUUUGUCUGUUUGUUUUUCAAGUCAUAUCAGAUAGUUGGCAACUCUUAUCCCAAGAUGAGAAAUAAGACUUGAUGUGACCAGCCAGGCUUUCCUGCCAUAUGUUGGUACAAUAUACAAGUGACAAUAUUGAUGUAGAUUUGUACUUAGCAAAUACAAACACAUCCAAAUGGAAAAUUUUGUAGAUACCAUAUCCCCUGAAAUAGCAUUUAUCUUACUGGGUGGACUGGAAAGGAAUGGGAAAUAUAGUAACACAUGGGAAAAAAAAAAAAAAGUUACUCCUAUCCAAGUCAUUACUUUAAACGCUGGCGACAUUGUCUUACCCUCCAUAGGCAACAGGGAAACUUUCAAUUUGAUAAAAAUCUUUCCAUAGAACUACAAGUGCUACAAUGUAUACACAUUCACACCCACAGAGAGACACACUCACAUACACCCACACUCGCAUGAAAUCUUGAAUUUCUGGAUGGAUCAGAGUUUAGUAGUUGCUAUAGUAAAGGCAAUGUCUAUUUCAGGGACUGUAAAGUAGUUAAGCAUUGUUUCAGAAGUUUUUUUAUAUUUAUUUUUUUUAAGAAAAAGGUAUAGACAACCAGCUAAACUGCCUUUUUGGUGUGCACACACACCUCGUGUGCAAUGUGCCUCUGUGUAAAUGGACACUUGAACUUAGUGUGGGCUUAAUUUUCUGUGCUAUAACAAAAGUGUUUAUUUUUUAUUAGCCUCAUGGAUAUGUAGACUGAAUGUGAUGGCACUCACAGGCUUGAUAUAUUCCACUGUUAUUACUGUUACCUGCACAAACGAAAAGUAAUAUCAACAGUAAUUCCACUCCCAUGACACUGUGGUCAUUGUUAUGUACUAAGGUGGGGCUUAUCUUCAGUUUGGGGUUCAUUUGAACCCUUGAAUCUUAGUUUAGUGGAAAUGAGAUGUCUGUUCUUAGGUAGGAACGGUGUUUAUUUAAAAAUCACUUUAAAAAAAGAGCUACCAUAUGUGCUGUCUAUUAUAAAUGGGACACCAAACAAAAUUUUCUAUUAAAGUUAUGUACUUGCAAACAUUUUGCUAUACAGUACUUGAUAGAUGCAUACAAAUAAGUUCACUUAUUACAAAGACAAAAGUUUAAUUUGCUAAAUAUUUUAACAAGUUUGUUAUAUAUUUUAUUUAAUUUAAAAGAAAUCUCUUACCAACCUAUGUAUUUAUUACAAUAAUUUACUAUGACUUCGGGUUAAUUUAUUUGUGUUUGCAUAGUUUGAGCAGACUGUUUUGUGAAGUAUGUUUGUAUUUAUUUGCCUCCUUUGUACUUGAUGUGUUUUGUAAUGUGCACUGAUUUUUUUCCUUUCGACUCUGUUAAUGAUAGAUAUGUAAAUUGGGUCUUUUGUAAACAACAAAAAGGCAAUGAUGUAUGCAUUUUUUUAAUUUGAAGUAGCUUGUUUGUAUACUGUUUCUUCAAACAAUUAAUAUUUCUUACAUCAAAGCAACAAAAUUGUGUUCAGUGCUGUACAUUUGGUGUAUGGUAGGAAAUAAAAAUUGAU